AUGUGGGCUAGCGAUGAACUUCACCAUUCUGCAGCUACUAAGUUUGAAAAACUUGCUUGCUGUAUUGAAGGAUGCUUGGAGCAGUACUUCCAAACAGUGGAUGAAAAGGGAAAAACAGUUGAUUUCACCACCUGCAUGACAGUUUUACACUCAAAGUCCAAUGACCAGUCACUGGCAAACUUUGCAAGAUGGGAGCCAUGGCAUGGAAAAUUUGGAUUCUCUUACCCUUGGGAGAAAUACCUAGAGAUUGGAGAGGAUCUUAGAGAGCUUGCUGUAACCAUUUUUUCAAUGAAAGGAUGUCUUCAAUCACCUACACAGGCCACAUCAACACUAAAACAGUCGAUCAAAGAACCGUGUGAAUUGGUAGGGUUGUCACUUGCAUGGACUUUGAGAGAGCUUGGAGAGAGCAUCACAAUAAUGAAAAAGUGCAGGGCCAAGGUGUUGAUAUUCCCAAAAUUGCAGCCCAUGAAACUAGAGCUGAGUCGAGUCCCAUUUCCUUCCAAGGUAGGAGAAGCAUCAGAGAAUGGUGAAGGGGUUGCCAUUGCAAGCUUUCUGUUCCAGUUGAUGGAGAUGGUAGAAAAGAUUGAGGUAUUAGCACAAAAGGUGGAAGAACUAGGUGAACUUGCUGGUUUUGAAACUAAAUAA